AUGGGAGCAUUAUAUAAAUGUUAAACUAAUUAUUAAUGCUCAGAGAGUCUUAUUAAUUUGAUAAUAAGUAGUGGGAUAUUGUAUUAUUUCAUAAUGAAAGCUAAAAUAAUGUUUGAGAAGAAUAAUGGAAUAUUAUUAUUAAUUGAUUAAACACUAUGUGGGUUAGGUAUUAUUUAGAUGGUACUCUAAGUGAUUUACUUUAUGUUUGCAAGUACAAAAACUCUCUAAAUAUGUAGAAUCCUAUAUUUGGUUAAUUAGCUUAAGAUGUAUAGGAUUGGUUUUAGAAUUAUUAAUAUGCAUAAUCUUAAUAAGUGUUAUUUUAGAUAAAGAAAAGCAUGAGCAACUUUUUAAUGCAGGCCGUUUAGGAUUGUGCUUGAUUGGAUUAUUUUGGUUAUAUCAAGGCAUAAACGGUGAUCAAAAGAGUGUGUAUUUUAUUGUGGAAAAACAAAAAGUUAUCAGUGCAAUGAGAUAUCGAAUCUGUUAAUGUCUUUCAUUGGUUUGAUCUUGUCAAUCGUAGCAUUUGUCUUUGGAUUUUAGUGCGUUCACUAAUUGCAUUAAUACAAAGAAUACUUAGUAAUAAUUGUAUGAUAUAAAAAGUUGGAUAAUAAAAAUGAUUCAUUUGCUCAUUAGAUUCUUAAAUUAGAAACAAGAUUAACAUAGAUUAAAAUAUUAAAAAGUAUAUAUAACAAUAUUUAAUAUGAAGUUAGUGGUUUAUUGUAGUAUGGAGUUUAAUUCAGUUGGGAUAGUUUAGCUUAUUUUUUAUCUUCUACAACUAUAGAGUGUACCCACUUUUUCUUACCAAUAUCGAUUCUAACAGUAUAAUGUUAUUUGUUAUAGGUUUUAAUAUAUUCUUUAUUAAAAAUAAUAUCUUUAGCAACAGUUCCAGUUGCUAUAUUCUUAGUAUGUUAUGAAUGCAAUAAAGAGUAUUAUGGCUCUAAUAAUCACAUAUGGAAUUUUUCAAGAAGUCAUCGAUCUCUAAAAGUUUUGUAGGAUCAUACAUAAUUAAAUUAUAUUGAAAUACCCGAAAUAAAAUGA